AUGGCAAUCCAAGAAUCACACAUUAACAACUCACAAUACACACGCACUUUUCACCAAAACCUCUAUCGAUAUUAUUCUUUUCUCAACAAUAAUAAUUCUCAUGAUGGAACUUUUGUCCUUACCCAUCAACGUCACAAAAAGAAAUCUAUUCAUCAAAUCCUUAUUCCAGGACGUCUCCAACUAUGCACCAUCCACAUCGGUGGAUGCUUAUUGAAUAUAUUUAAUAUUUAUAACUACUCUGGAAACAGAAAUGAAGAAGAAGAAAAUAUUUUACUCGAGAAAUUAUCUGAAACCCUAUCAACCCUAAAUCACCAACCAAUAAUAGUGAUUGGUGACAUGAAUUUUAGUUCAGAAGGAAAUGCUUACAAAGACACCAAGUGGAAAACAUUUAUGGACCAACAUAACCUAAAAGAAAGUGAAACAAUAAUUCCAUCCUACAUCAGAAAAUACACAUCACAAAACAAAAUAUUAGAAACAAUCUCAAGACCUGACCACCUAUUCCACUCGAGUCACAUUGAAAUAGAAUAUGAACAAGCUUUACCACUCGUCACAACAAAUGACCACAUACCAAUCAUGUUCAAAUUUAAAUUAUUAAUUCCAACAACCUGGAAACGAAUAAUCAGCGAUGAGCAAAGUGUUGCAAAAAAACUCGAAGAAAUUUUGAAAUCUCUUCCCGUCAACAACAGUGAAUUGAAAAAACUCAAUCAUGAGAUCAAGAACCAAUCUCAUAAACCACAUCCUAUUAAGGGAUUUAAGGAAUCUGAAAUCAUUACCAAUUUGAAACAACAGCUCCAUAAUCUCCAUGAACAAAAAUUAUCCGAAACAACCCAAGAUGAAUCCACUAUCAAAAGAUCUAUAAAGGAAACAAAGAAGAAACUCAAAGAACAAUAUAACCUUGAAUUUGCGGAAUAUAGAAAAAAGUUCAUAGAUUCCAUUAAUAACAAACACACCAAAGGAAUCCACAACUUCGAUCACCAUCUCAAAUACAAGGAAAUUGAUUGGAAUUCAACCAAAAUAACAAAAGAAGGAGCUGUGAACUACUUUAAAAACAAAUUCACCUCAAAACUAGAUGACAAAACAGAAAUUAAAUUUAAACCAGGUGAAUCAACAGUUAAAGAAGGACCGUCCAACAUUACAAUAACUAAAGAAGAUGUUACGGACGCGUUGAAAAGAAUGAAAUCAACAACACAAGGGGUAGAUUUCACAACAAAACAGAUAUUUGAAAAUAUCAAUCCCAAUAAUUUAGCAUCAGCAUUUAAUGACAUGAUCCAAAAUCAAGACAUCCCAAAAUGCUGGAAACAAGGAUGGGUUAAAUUAAUCGGAAAAAAAGAUAUAAUCACAGACUACAAAGAUCUAAGACCAGUCAUAAUCAUGAAUAUUGGAUAUAGACUCCUAUUCAACAUUAUAACAUUCAAACUUAAAGAUUGGGCCGAAUCAAAUAUCAACAUUAGACAACAAGCAUUCACCCAAAAUCGAGAAACAACAAAUCACUGCAUCCUCAUACAAGCCCUCAUUAACAAAUUCAAAAAGAAAGGAUUCAUUCUAACCAAUAUAGAUAUUGCUGCUGCAUAUGAUUCCAUUGAACUCAAAAUCAUUGACAUGGCGCUCACCCACUGCAAAUUCCCCCAAGAACUUAAAAACUUCAUCAUUAAUGCUUACUCAAAUCAUCAAAUCCAAAUAGAAUGGAAUCAUACACUAUCAGAAAAAUUCACCAAGACAAGAGGAAUCCCACAAGGAUGUCCUCUAGCUCCUCUAAUCUAUAACUGCAUCUCCCAAAUGAUUAUUGAUAAAAUUAUUGAAAGAGAAAAAACUCCCAAUCACUCCACAAGAUCUAGACAUUGA